GGAGCCCAACCGGGAGGGUGGAGAAGACCUGGGAUUUGGAUUUGGCUGGAGGAAAGUGGACACCUCAGAACUGCAUCCCAGUGGGGUUAGGAAUACGUGGGUUCCUAACCUAACACGUAUCUGUUUGCCCACUUCUUCACGCUUUGAUUUCCACCUUCAAUUAGAAGUGAGUCAUCUGGAUUUCUGCGCAACUCCUUAUUUCAGUGUUGAGAUUGUGAGCUUACCCUAUGAACUAUGCCUAAAAUUGUGUCCAGGUCCAUUGUCUGCUCCUACACCCGGGACAGGGAGGAAUAUGAGGACAGCGAGAAGCCCCUCCACGUCUACUAUUGUUUGUGUGGCCAGAUGGUUCUGGUGCUGGACUGUCAGUUGGAGAAAUUGCCCAUGAGACCCCGGGAUCGGUCCCGGGUGAUUGAUGCUGCCAAACACGCCCACAAGUUUUGUAACACAGAAGACCAGGAGACUAUGUAUGUUCGCAGGCCCGAAGGCAUUGAACGACAGUACAGGAAGAAAUGUGCGAAGUGUGGACUGCCACUCUUCUACCAGUCCCAGCCAAAGAAUGCUCCUGUGACCUUCAUUGUGGAUGGAGCAGUAGUUAAGUUCGGCCAGGGUUUUGGGAAGAUGAAUAUAUAUACUCAGAAGCAAGAGCCUCCUAAGAAGGUAAUGGUGACCAAACGAACCAAAGACAUGGGCAAGUUCAGCUCUGUCACUGUGUCUACUAUUGAUGAAGAGGAAGAGGAGAUUGAGGCUAGGGAAGUUGCUGACUCAUAUGCACAGAAUGCCAAAGUGAUUGAAAAACAGCUGGAGCGCAGAGGCAUGAGCAAAAGGCAGCUGCAAGAGCUGGCUGAACUGGAAGCCAAAAGAGCAAAAAUGAAGGGGACAUUGAUUGACAACCAGUUCAAAUGAUCAGGACCUUUCUCUGAACCCAGGCUAGAGGCAAGCAUUUAGACUAGGAGGCCAAAAACUUUUUCUUGAGUACAUGGCCUGGUCCUGCCUUUAUGCCCCAGCAGAAUGCUUUAUGUUGCUUCCUACAUUCAGGAGGUCUUUGAAUCCAUCUGACCUUUCUACAAAUAGAUUUUUUAAAUAAAUAAAGACCCAUUUAUAUGGGUCUUCCAUAGUA